AUGGUGGUGGUGAAGAAACCCAUGUACCCUAACCAUAGUCAGAGAGGAAGUAACCUCGGCGACCCCUUCGUGCCCCACACCUAUGACAACAACAAGUGGAACAGAAUCUACGGGAAGAAGGAGGACGAGACGGAAGAUGACCGCAUCAAGUUGAUGGAGUCACAUAGCAUCUUCCAGUUCCAGUCCGACCUCAAGUAUGUCAACACCAUCAUCGCUAUGGUCUUUUACGUGCUCACCGUCGUUCUCGCCGCCAUGUCGCUCAGCAAGGACCUCGCCAGCACCAAGUUUCCCACCAGCAUCGUGACGUACGUCAUCCACCCCUGGAAUAACAUGGAUAAGCUGGACUCGACACUCCAGGCCUGGAAGAACAACACGACACCCAUGCAGAACGUACAGACCCUGUGGGCAUGGUCCUCUUGCGACCAGUACAUCACCACGAACAACGUUCCGCUGCAGACCGACCCCUACACAUUCGCGCAGGUCUCUGCCUCGAACCCCGUGUGGAUGCCGGGAGGGUGCAACUGCAUCGCGCAGGUGGGCCACGCCAUGGGUACCACCUGGUCUCCCACACAGACCACGACGCCCACAAAGGAUGAUGUGAAGAGCAUGCUGGAGUUCUGCGUCUACGAGGGUGACAUGCCCUACAGCUACGAGCCGCUGCAUGCUACGUAUCGCCCCCUGUACUACUUCUAUGCAUUCAUGAUGAUCUCCACCCUCUCCAUCGUCAUGUCCAACUUCCUGCACGACAGCGGCGAGAACACAGUCCGGAGGAUGGUCGCGGAGGGGAUGGCUAGCAUGGGAUCCAACGGUACGCAAUCGACUAUCGCGGAUGAUUCGAUCUGGAAGAUGUUCACCCGGUUGGUCCUCUUCACAUUCUUCAUCUUCGGCUCUACCUUGGCAUUCACCCUUUCCUUCCUCCUCAAGUGCAACUCCUGCGAGAUGGGCCUGAGCAGCUUCAACCUCGGCUUCCCCAUCACCUUCAUCAUCGUCAUCUCGCUGAUCCUUGCCAUCUUCUUUGGACCCUACAUCGUGAGCUACGUUCGAAACCGCAACGUGAAGCUCGCGCUGUCCACCAUCGUGGAGGCGGAGCACGACCGAUACAACGAUUAUAUGAAGAUCGUUUACAGAUACGCCAAUGACGAGAUGCGGUACCGGAUCUCCGACACGCUCAACGCACAGGCACAGCUCGAGCACCUCUGGAUGGACAUCCUCCUCAUCCCGGCGAUGGUGAUGCUGGCGAUCGGCAUCGUCCUCACCCGCCAGUGGACCGAGAACGGCAUCAUCUUCUACUACUCCACGCUUGUCAUGUUCUACACGGUGAUCAGCACCUCGGGAGACUGGAUGACCUCCCAUUGGACCCGCUCCCUGCGCCUCUCCGACGACCUCAAGCUCGAGACGAGCAGCGUGUACGAGUACUACCAGGGCUACAAGGAUAUCAUCAGCUAUGCGCAGAUCUUCGUCCUCAUCGCGCUCGUGUUCACAGCCGUGCCCUCGGAGAGCAUCACCCCGUACAGCUACAUCCUAUUCUACAACUGGUUCUACUUCAUCUUCGCGCUUUUUGCCAUAUACAUGCUGCCAGAUAUCAUCAACGACCGCGUGGGGCUUACUAUGCACACCGUGACGGCCAUCAAGCAGUUCGUCCUUAACUUCCUCGUCCUCACCCUCAUCAUCACCCUCGUCGUCACCGAGUUCUUCCGGAAGGAUGUGCUCGCGUACCCCAACCUGUGA